AUAUGCUUGAAAACAACACUUAAGGCGUCUCCGCCUGAAAUGACGCCAUACAUACGCGACACUUGCUCGUCGGUCACGUGAGACGGGAGGUGAAGGAAGACAACAGUGGAACUUCAUCUGUACUGCCUAAAAAUGACCACAGCUCUGACCCAGGGUUUAGAAAGAAUACCCGACCAGAUUGGAUAUUUGGUUAUUAGUGAAGAUGGUGUACUUGCGUCUGCUGGAGAGCUGGAGAAUGACGAGCACACAGCAGGAGUGAUCAUGCAGAUGGUCCGAACAGCUUGUCGUUUCAGGUUGCAUGGGACAGCUGACCCCCCUUUCAAACGCAUGUCAGUGAUGUUUGAAGACUAUGUUUAUGCUGUGACCAUCUCCGGACAGAAAGUUUUUGUAGUCAAAAGGCACAACAACCAACGGGAACCUGUUACUGCCUAGUUGAGACUAUAAUAUAGACUGGUUCUAAACACACAUGCACAUACACACACACAUACACACACACACAUGCUCAAAAUGGUGCCCUCACAUGGAAAUGACCCAGCCAUUACAACCAUCUGAUGUUUAGCACAAUCAUCCUAUUGCUUUUGCAAGAAGACUUCAUUUCACAGAUUUGGGACUUUGGUGGUCUCAGGUGUAUUUGACCUGAACAAGAAUUAGCUUAUGUGAUAUUUUUGUACAGUUACAAUGACUGAGAUUGUGGUUACAGGCUACAUGUGAUGUCUUUUUGAUGUAUGAUUAAAGACAAGUCAAUAACUA